AUGCUAGCUCUAAACCCCUCAGCGAAGCAUUGCCAUUCCCCUGAGAUCCAAGCUUCUCUCGCUCUGCCCAUCCACUCUGGGGUUGGCUCAGAUGGAAGUUCUUUCAGUGCGAGCUUCCACGAUAACCAGCGAGGCCACGGUGGCGGAGGCCAUGUCCUCACCCACGUGUCCCCAAAAUCAUACAAACUUGCAAACGCCUAUAUGCUAGCAUGGCCAUAUGGCUUCCCACGUAUCAUGAGCAGUUACUUCUCAAGCACUGACGAAGGACCGCCAUCCUCCUACAAAGGCCAAACAAAAUCUGUUACCAAAUUUGCAUUUUUCUACAGAGUUCAACGACCUUUUGACCUUUACGAACAAAAUGAAACGAUUCCAAGGAAGUUUAACUGUGGGGGCGGGAGGUACACGGUGACCCCCCCCCCCCAAGGAAGUUUAACUGUGGGGGGGCGGGAGGUACAUGGUGACCCCCCCCCCCCUCCAGCUUAUGGCCUAUGUGGAAAUGGAUGGGUUUGCGAACACAGAUGGCGGCAGAUUAAAAACAUGGUUAAAUUCAGGAAUGUGGCGGAGGGUACCGAUGUUAACAAUUGGUGGGAUAACGGUAACCAAGCGAUUGCGUUUAGCAGAGGGAAUAAGGCAUUCUUGGUCAUUAAUAAUGAUUCUUAUAGAAUUAAAGAAUGGUUUUCCACUGGUCUACCUGCUGGAACCUACUGCGAUGUGAUCUCCGGUAACUACACUGGUAGUAAAUGUACAGGCACCACGAUCACAGUGUACGCUGAUGGCAGAGCCUAUUUCGACAUUAGUAAUUCUAGUGAUGAUCCUAUAAUCGCCAUUCAUGUUUUAGAAACACUUAUGUUUUGGGUUUCAUGUUUUAAAAACGGUUUUAAUUGUGUAAUGCGCCAUAUAAGUCUAUUACCAUUUACAUUACAAUUUAAAUUUUUCAUUUUAUAGUAUCAUAAAAUAAACUUCAAUUAAACUAGUCUACA